UUGGGAUAGUGUGCUACAUCACCUUUCGUAAACUAAAGUUACAACUGGCAAGUAACAAUCCACGUAUGGAGACGUGAACACACUGACCAUGAUUUGGCAACACGCCUCAACUCAUACUCAAGAAAAAAAAACGAAAAAGCGCAUUCCUCGAUGAGUACGGAUUCCUUACCACGUAAUUUAAUGGAGCAAAAAGCAAUGGAGCUUCAGCAGCAAUUGCAAGCACUGUUGGACGAAAUUGAUCAAAACAAACAGGAAUCGGAAAACAUCAGCAGAGAGAGCGAGUAUCUGUGCCAGUAUAUUGGUAGCAUGAUGGCUUUUCAAAAUCGCCAGACAGUCCCCCAAAAGUGAUAAAUUGAUUACGAAUUGUGUUUCAAGUGGGGACUUCUUUAUAAAAAAGAUAAUGCUACGUUCACGAAACCAAUACUACGCUACGUCUGACGUAAAUUCGCGUUUCCAUCCGUCCUAUUCUCUGAAUGAAGUUUACGAAACCAAAACCCGUUGUCUACAUAUCUGGUAAUCGAUGACGGUGGCGUAAUAUUGUACCGGAAGUUUUUUGCGUUCAUUCUUUUUUCUCCCUUGGUCACUUUUCAAUUUGUCGUUUUCCUCUAUGGAUAUGUUCACGCGAAAAUUGGAUUUUCUGAACUUUAAAACGAUUAUUUCUUUUCCUUUUGUCCCGAUCGAAUGGAUCAAUUCUUCAACGUUCUUACAGUCGACGUAGGUAAGGGGUUCGUUUCCGUUAUCGAGCAUCCUAUUACUUGCGCUUUUUCUUUCCCAUUUUUCCCUUUUUCCGUUCUCUUUCAGGUAUUCUUAUUCUUCCUGUCGCUCUUCCAUUUCGAUUGGACCCACCCAUCUUUCCUUUCCCUCUGUUCUGUAAUCUUAGUCUUGUUUUAUGUUUAUUUUAAUUGAAUUUCGUUUCAUUAAAAAGGAGAACAUGACCCAUCGAAAAAGAUUAUCACUGCUUGUUAUGUUGCGGUCUAAUUACUUGUCUUUUUCAGAUUCUAGAAUGCACCUAAUCUAAUGCUACUUUUUAUUUUCAUCCUUAACAGGUGGAACUUGUAA